AUGAACAGUGACCGCACUGAAAGUGAACCCCAACCGGGACCAUCUAACGCGAACGCGUCACCGCAACCGGUAGCGUCAUCACAGCAACGGGCGACAGCCAAUCCAUGGAAUUUCCUCAUGCUAAACGCCAUACGUACGUACGCGACAGCGAACGGCAUUCCAAACGCUAACGAAGUGCCACGCGAUGAACUCAUCAGCGCACUUCAGGCCAGAGGCGCUACGCCACUCAACAUCAUCCUCGGCUCACCGCCGGACUAUCAAACGGGACCAGGGUCUACAGAACUGCUAGCACGGUCGUUGCUGCGCAGACGCGUGGACUAUCCGCACCAGUCGCCCAACGAAAGUAUCGAUAUGUACCUGCGACGCCUGGACACCGCCUUCAAACACGACGGAACGCCGAACUUCACGCGAGUCGACUGUCUAAUCGGGCACUCCCAGCCGAAGGUAGCGGAGGCAGCACAACUCCUAUACGACCAAGGAUUCGAGGACUACGACGUCAUCGCGGAGAAGCUCAAAGUCAGGUUUGGUCUAUCACCAUUCGAACACUUUACAAGGUUCCAGCAGUUCCGACCGGCGUCCGACGAGCUAUUUUCACAGUUCGGUCCACGCCUACGCGACGAAUACCUCCGAUAUCUUGCCUUACCACCCAACGAGGUCGGGCUACAUGAGACCGCCAUCACGCGGGCCCUUAUUGGACAACUAUUGUCCAUCACCACCGGCGGGCUCCACGCCCAACUACACGCGCGGGCAACAGCCAACCUUUCCCUCACAUGGGACGAAUGCCUGGCGAUAGCCGACGAAUACAGACAUACCCAUCCGGCACCACCAAAACCGGCCGCAUCACCGGCACCGCAAUCACCCGCCAACCACCCGCCCAAGACGACGGCAUCCGGAGUCACCAAAUACUACUGCGAAAAUCAUCAGCGGACAUACCGCAGCAACAUGUCCGGGAAACGGGAAGAUCGGGCAGUGACGGCUGUCCUCUGCUUGAUCCCCACGCCCACAGAUGACAGCCUGACCAUCAUCAUCACUAUCAAAAACAAACGGGUGACCGCCCUGAUCGACACCGGAGCGACAAAAUCGUUCAUGGCGACGGACGUCGCCGAGGAAGUCGGCCUGUCUCCACAUCCGACCAAAGCGAGGAUAUCCGCAGCAGUUCUUCACGUCUCCACGACCGUCAGUCACGCAGUGAGUACUGUUUUUACUCUUGGAUCGGCCGCGUACGAAGCCACCUUCUUACUACUCUCCAACGUGCACUACCCUGUUAUUCUCGGGCUCGACAUGCUGAAGAAUCUCCCUUUCUGCGUCACCCUCGACGGCCAGCGAGUUUUUUCCGGAUUUCAACAGAUUAAACCUAUUAACAAAGCCCCAACAGCCCCGAUAGGCAAGGGCAUCACAUUGGUACAUGGCACGCCCGCAGAGCAACAACAGAUCGCAGCACUCCUGCGGCGCUACGCCUCUAACAUCUUUCAGUGGAGCAGUAAACACGGGCUCUUCCCGCAGCACGUGGCAUUGCUACCCACCAACGGUGAAGACCCCGAACCCAGUCGCCGCAUACGGCUCUCGCCAGACAAGCGGCCAUCGUUCCAACACAUCAUCGACAAUUACACCCGCGCGGAGCAUCUCAAAGCCGUCCAGGCCUUCCCACAACCGGCAACCACAUGCCAGAUGCAGCGAUUCCUGGGCCUCGCCACCUACCUACGAGCCCAUGUGCCGACCAACUUCGCACAAUUGGAGAAAGUCCUACGACUAACAAUUCCAGUCAAACCGGCAACAGCCAUCAUAUGGUUGCUGGAGGCGACUGACGCGUUUGAAGCGCUAAAACAAGCGAUAGCAAACGCCGCUCGGCUUGAA